AAGAUUGGAUCAUACAAGGCAUUGAUCAAUUGAUGAGUAGUAUAAAAAGUCUGAGUAAAAGACUUCACUUAUAACUACAAACUGAGCCUCAAUAAAGAACAACCACAAGGAAGUCUUCUACGUCAUUCCUGAAGAACUUCAACCUGCAGACGGGAAGUGAGAACAUGAGCAGGUGUUGGAUAAACAAACUCUCCUCCACCGUAUAAAAAGAAACCAGGGCUCCACAACGCAAUCCAGACAUUGAUCUACUGGACAGAGUUCCAGUGUUCUUUGAGAAACGAUGGCGGUCUGGACUGUCUAUUUGUCUCUCUGUCUUCUUGUAGCUUUGAGUGCUUCAGGUCAAAACGUUGUUCCAGAAUGUCCCAACAUUCCAUAUGGCGAGAGAGUGGACUGUUUCCCAGAUCCCAAUGCUUCCGAGCAAAAGUGUUUGGAAAGAGCUUGCUGCUGGAGCCCUGUGAGUGAGGCUAACGUCCCUUGGUGCUUCUUUUCCAAGAACCACGGCUACACCGUGGUCAGCGAAAGCAAGCCUGACAGCACACAUAUUGAGGCCAAGCUGACAAGAAUGGAUGCUCCAUCUCUAUUCGGAGCUGACAUUAAAGAAGUGACCUUCUACGCUGAAAUGCAGACAGAAAACCGUCUUCGAUUUAAGAUCACUGAUACAAAGCAAGCCAGGUUUGAGGUUCCUCAUGAGCAUGUGCAAGCACCUUCCAUCCCUCCCACCGGACCCCUAAAUUACAGACUGGAGCUGACCCAGAAGCCUUUUGGACUGAAAGUUUGGAGAACAUCUCCUGAGAAACUCCUGUUUGACACAACCAUUGGGCCGCUGGUUUUUGCUGAUCAGUACCUUCAGCUCUCAGCUAAACUCCCCUCUCACAAUAUCUAUGGACUUGGAGAGCAUGUCCAUCAGACCUUCCGCCAUGACACCAACUGGAGGACCUGGCCUAUCUUCACAAGAGAUGCUUUUCCCAAUGGCGACACACACAACCUGUACGGCCACUACCCCUAUUUCACAUGUCUGGAAGAUGGCAGCGGCCAAUCCUUUGGUGUUUUCCUCAUGAACAGCAAUGCUAUGGAGGUGACAAUCCAGCCGGCUCCGGCCGUAACCUACCGGACUAUUGGAGGGGUUUUGGACUUCUACAUCCUGCUUGGGGAGACACCAGAGGCAGUGGUGGAUGAGUUCACACAGCUGAUCGGCAGGCCUUUCAUCCCUCCGUACUGGUCCCUGGGCUUCCAGAUCUCUCGCUGGGACUACGGCAGCCUGGACGAGAUCAAGAAAGUCGUGGAGAGAAAUCGACAGGCCGGCCUUCCAUAUGACGUCCAGUACACUGAUAUUGACUACAUGGAGGACAAAAAGAUCUUCACCUAUGAUACGGUGAAAUUUGCGGAGCUGCCUCAGUUUGCUGACUACAUGCAUGAAAAAGGGCAGAAAUACAUCACCAUAUUGGAUCCUGCUGUGUCCACGGGUCGGAGGAUAAAUGGACCUUAUGAAGCUCUUGACAGGGGGCAUGCAGCUAAAGCUUGGGUCACUGAAGCAGACGGGGAAACACCUCUACUGGGAGAGGUCUGGCCAGGGGAAACCGUAUUUCCUGACUACACUAGCGAGUCUUGCAUUGAUUGGUGGGUUGAUGAAAUUUCGCGUUUCCACAAUGAAGUCAAGCAUGACGCUCUCUGGAUUGACAUGAAUGAGGUGGCUAAUUUCGUAAAAGGAGGCAUCAAUGGCUGCGCUGAUAACAAACUCAAUUAUCCUCCAUUCACCCCACGUAUCCUUGAUAGCCUGAUGUACAGCAAGACCUUAUGUAUGGAUGCUAAACACAAAUGGGGGAACCACUAUGACGUCCACAGUCUCUAUGGCUACUCUAUGGUCCUGGCCACUGAGAAGGCAUCGAGAGCAGUGUUUGGGAAGAGCCGUUCCAUGGUUUUCACCCGCUCUUCCUUCCCCGGGGUGGGCAAGUAUGCUGGGCACUGGCUGGGUGACAAUGCCGCCACCUGGAAUGACAUUAAGUGGGCGAUACCUGGCAUGCUGGAGUUUAACCUCUUUGGAGUCCCUUAUAUCGGUGCGGACAUUUGUGGGUUCUUCGACGAUUCACCAGAAGAGCUUUGCAGACGUUGGAUGCAAGUCGGUGCAUUUUACCCCUUCAGCCGUAACCACAACGCACAAGGGUUCAAAGACCAGGACCCUGCAUCAUACGGCGCUGACUCUCUCUUGAUGAAAACCUCCAAGCAUUAUCUGAACAUCCGAUACACCCUCCUGCCAUACCUCUACACUCUGUUCUACAAGGCCCACGUUAACGGAGAGACUGUAGUGCGUCCCAUGAUGCAUGAGUUCUACUCCGACAGUGAAACCUGGGCAGUACACAAGCAGUUCUUGUGGGGAUCACAUCUUCUCAUCACACCUGUGCUGGAUCCUGGUGUUGAAACUGUGGAGGCCUAUAUCCCAGAUGCCAUCUGGUAUGACUUUGAGCAGGAGGUAAAGAUUAAAGAUCGCAAAGCAAAGGUUUCCUUGAACCUGCCCGCUGAUAAAAUUGGUUUACACCUGAGAGGCGGAGCCAUUCUGCCCAUACAGACACCAGACGUCACCACUACAUACAGCCGACGUCUUCCCAUGGGACUGAUCAUCGCACUCGAUGACAACAAUGCUGCGUCAGGCGAGCUCUUUUGGGAUGACGGAGACUCUCGAGAUACUGUUUUAUCCGGCUCCUACAUUCAUUAUCAGUUUUCCGUAGCUAAUGAUGUCUUGACAAUGCAUGUUACCCACAAUGGCUACACGGAUCCGAACAACUUAAAGUUUGAGAACAUCACAGUGAUGGGAGUGUCUGCUGCUCCCGCCUCUGUGCUCGUGUCGGACGGCAUCACUACUGAAGCUCUGUCGGAGUCCCAGGUUCACUACGAUUCCACCAAAGAGGUGAUGUAUCUGAGAAAUCUGGAGCUGGAACUGGGGAAGGGCUACACAGUCAACUGGGAGGCCAAAUAUCCAAAAACUAGGCGCAUCGAUUGUCACCCUGAUGCGGGUUCUGAUCAGGCCAGAUGUGAAGCCCGCGGCUGCAUCUGGAAGCCUUCAGAUGUUCCCAAUGAGCCCUGGUGUUAUUAUGCUGAUACCCACGGUUACAUCACCAGCAACAUGUUUGAAAAACCGAGCGGCAUCACUGUAGAUAUAGUGCGCAAUCCUGAUUUCCCAAGUCAACGCUCUCAAUCUCGAGACAUCGACAAGCUCCGUGUGGAAAUCACAUACCUGAGUGGACAAAGCCUGAGGUGGAAGAUCUUUGACCCAGCCAAUGCUCGCUACGAGGUCCCUGUUCCCCUCGACCUGCCCGCCACACCAGAGACAAAUGAAAACAACAGACUGUACAGGGUUCAGAUCCAGCACAAGCCAUUCGGGAUCCAAGUGAUCAGAAAGGGCUCAGAAGAAAUCAUAUGGGACUCUGCCAUGCCAGGGUUCACAUUCUCAGAUCAGUUCCUUCAGAUCUCCACACAUCUCCCCUCAAACUAUGUCUAUGGUGUUGGUGAAACGGAGCACCCCAGCUACAGUCAUGACCUCAACUUUCACACAUACGGCCUGUUUGCCAAAGACCAGCCUCCAGGGUAUAAACUGAACAGUUAUGGACUCCAUCCCUUCUACAUGGGUCUGGAGAAAUCAAGAAACGCUCAUGGUGUCCUCCUGCUCAACAGCAAUGCCAUGGAUGUGACCUUCCUGCCUGAUCCAGCUCUGACCUACCGCACCAUCGGAGGAAUCUUAGACUUCUACAUGGUGAUGGGUCCCUCUCCAGAAGCUGUGGUUCAGCAGUACACUGAGAUGAUCGGCCGCCCGGUUCUUCCAGCCUAUUGGUCUCUUGGAUUCCAGCUUUGUCGCUACGGCUACGCCAAUGAUGCAGAGAUCGCAGAUCUUUACAAGGACAUGAAAGCUGCUGAAAUUCCUUAUGAUGUUCAGUAUGCAGACAUUGACUACAUGGAGAGGCAGAUGGACUUUACGCUGGACCAAGUGAACUUCAAGGGACUGCCUGCUCUGGUGGACCAGAUGAGGGCCGAGGGGAUGCGCUUCAUCUUCAUUUUGGACCCGGCUAUAGCGGCCAAUGAGACUAAAGGCUCCUACCCUGCAUUUGAUACCGGGAUUGAAAAAGACGUUUUCAUCAAAUGGCCUUCUGAGCUCAGCAAUGACAUUGUGUGGGGAAAGGUGUGGCCUGAUUAUCCCAAUAUUACUGUGGACAAUUCUCUGGACUGGGAUACUCAAGUAGAGCGCUUCAGAUCUUUUGUGGCGUUCCCUGAUUUCUUCAAGAGCAGUACAGCGGAGUGGUGGGGAGAGGAGAUUAAAAACUAUUACAACAACGUCAUGAAGUUUGACGGACUUUGGAUCGACAUGAAUGAACCGGCCAGUUUCGUGCAUGGCACCGUUGGAGAGAAGUGUCUAGGGGAUCAAUCUUUGGAAUAUCCUCCAUACAUGCCCCGACUGGAGUCCAUGCACAGAGGUCUGAACCAUAAGACUUUAUGCAUGAACAGCGAGCAGAUCCUUGCUGAUGGCACACGCGUCAAGCAUUAUGAUGUCCACAACUUGUACGGCUGGUCUCACACCAAACCCACUUACGAUGCUUUGCUUAGCACCACUGGAAAGAGAGGUGUGGUAAUUACCCGUUCAACAUACCCGUCUAGUGGUCGCUGGGCAGGACAUUGGCUGGGAGACAACUACUCCAGCUGGAACCAGCUUCUGAAGUCCAUCAUAGGCAUGAUGGAAUUCAGCAUAUUUGGCAUCCCUUACACCGGCGCUGAUAUCUGUGGCUUCUUUAACCAUGCCGAAUACGAGAUGUGUCUGCGUUGGAUGCAGCUCGGAGCUUUCUACCCAUUCUCUAGAAACCACAACACCAUAAACAUGCCAAGGCAGGAUCCCGUGGCAUGGGGACCAGAGUUUGCUGCUGUGUCUCGUGAUGUGCUGAAUAUUCGCUACACCCUCCUGCCGUAUCUGUACACACUGAUGUACGAAGCUCACGCUCAUGGAAACACUGUGGUCAGACCCCUGCUGCACGAGUUUGUCACAGAUGAAAACACAUGGAAGAUCGACAGGCAGUUCCUCUGGGGUCCGGCUCUUCUGAUCACACCUGCUCUGGACCAGGGCGUUACUGUUGUCAGGGGCUACGUGCCAAACGCCCGCUGGUACGAUUACCACACGGGUGAAGUUGUUGGAGUGCGAGGACAGUUUGUGGAUAUGGAUACACCAUUAUCGAAAAUUAACCUGCAUGUGAGAGGAGGACACAUCCUGCCCUGGCAGAAAGCAGAGAAAAACACACACUUCAGUCGUCAGAAUCCUCUGGGUCUUCUUGUUGCUCUUGAUGAUGGAGGUUCGGCACAUGGAUCCCUGUUCUGGGAUGAUGGAGAGGGAAUUGAUACUGUUCAGAAUAAGCGUUUCCUCUUGACAACUUUCACUGCAUCUUCGGGUGUCCUCACCAGCACGGUUCCCACUGAUGGUCUGGCUGAGGCCGACAGGUUGACCCUGGGUCUGGUGAAGGUGUGGGGUGUAACAGCGCCCGUCACUCGUGUUACCAUGAGCGUGACUGGAAAGCCUGACGCAGACCUGCCAUUCACAUAUAACGCUGAGGUUCAGGAGUUGCAGUUUGAUGCAACAUCUCAAUCUCACACCAUUGAAAAGCCUUUCACAAUCACCUGGAAAAAAACGAUGGCGGUCUGGCCUGUUUAUUUGUCUCUCUGUCUUCUCGCAGCUUUGAGUGCUUCAGUCAGCUGCGAGGCCAAAUACCCAAACACUAUCAUCGAUUGUCACCCUGAUGCGGGUUCCAAUCAGGCCAGAUGUGAAGCCCGUGGCUGCAUCUGGAAGCCUUCAGAUGUUCCCAAUGAGCCCUGGUGUUAUUACCCUGAUACCCACGGUUACAUCACCAGCAACAUGUUUGAAAAACCGAGCGGCAUCACUGUAGAUAUAGUGCGCAAUCCUGAUUUCCCAAGUCAACGUUCUCAAUCUCGAGACAUCGACAAGCUCCGUGUGGAAAUCACAUACCUGAGUGGACAAAGCCUGAGGUGGAAGAUCUUUGACCCAGCCAAUGCUCGCUACGAGGUCCCAGUACCCUUCGACCUGCCCGCCACACCAGAGACAGAGGAAAACAACAGACUGUACAGGGUUCAGAUCCAGCACAAGCCAUUCGGGAUCCAAGUCAUCAGAAAGAGCUCAGAAGAAAUCAUAUGGGACUCUGCCGUGCCAGGGUUCACAUUCUCUGAUCAGUUUCUUCAGAUCUCCACACGCCUCCCCUCAAACUAUGUCUAUGGUAUUGGUGAAACGGAGCAUCCCACCUACAGUCAUGACCUCAACUUUCACACAUACGGCCUGUUUGCCAAAGACCAGCCUCCAGGGUAUAAACUGAACAGUUAUGGACUCCAUCCCUUCUACAUGGGUCUGGAGAAAUCAAGAAACGCUCACGGCGUCCUCCUGCACAACAGCAAUGCCAUGGAUGUGACCUUCCUGCCUGAUCCAGCAUUGACCUACCGCACCAUCGGAGGAAUCUUGGACUUCUACAUGGUGCUGGGUCCCACUCCAGAAGCUGUGGUUCAGCAGUACACUGAGAUGAUCGGCCGCCCGGUUCUUCCAGCCUAUUGGUCGCUUGGAUUCCAGCUUUGUCGCUACGGCUACGCCAAUGAUGCAGAGAUCGCAGAUCUUUACAAGGACAUGAAAGCUGCUGAAAUUCCUUAUGAUGUUCAGUAUUCAGACAUUGAGUACAUGGAGAGGCAGAUGGACUUUACGCUGGACCAAGUGAACUUCAAGGGACUGCCUGCUCUGGUGGACCAGAUGAGGGCCGAGGGGAUGCGCUUCAUCUUCAUUUUGGACCCGGCUAUAGCAGCCAAUGAGACUAAAGGCUCCUACCCUGCGUUUGAUACCGGGAUUGAAAAAGACGUUUUCAUCAAAUGGCCUCCUGAGCUCAGCAAUGACAUUGUGUGGGGAAAGGUGUGGCCUGAUUAUCCCAAUGUUACUGUGGAUAAUUCUCUGGACUGGGAUACUCAAGUAGAGCGCUUCAGAUCUUUUGUGGCGUUCCCUGAUUUCUUCAAGAGCAGUACAGCGGAGUGGUGGGGAGGACAUAUUAAAGACUAUUACAACAAAGUCAUGAAGUUUGAUGGACUUUGGAUCGACAUGAAUGAACCGGCCAGUUUCGUGCAUGGCACAGUUGGAGAGAAGUGUCUAGGGGACCAAACUUUGGAAUAUCCUCCAUACAUGCCCCGACUGGAGUCCAUGCACAGAGGUCUGAACCAUAAGACUUUAUGCAUGAACAGCGAGCAGAUCCUUGCUGAUGGCACACGCGUCAAACAUUAUGAUGUCCACAACUUGUACGGCUGGUCUCACACCAAACCCACUUACGAUGCUUUGCUUAGCACCACUGGAAAGAGAGGUGUGGUAAUUACCCGUUCAACAUACCCGUCUAGUGGUCGCUGGGCAGGACAUUGGCUGGGAGACAACUAUUCCCGCUGGGACCAGCUUCUGAAGUCCAUCAUAGGCAUGAUGGAGUUCAGCAUAUUUGGCAUCUCUUACACCGGCGCUGAUAUCUGUGGCUUCUUUAAUCAUGCCGAAUACGAGAUGUGUCUGCGUUGGAUGCAGCUCGGAGCUUUCUACCCAUUCUCCAGAAACCACAACACCAUAAACAUGCCAAGGCAGGAUCCUGUGGCCUGGGGACCAGAGUUUGCUGCUAUGUCUCGUGAUGUGCUGAAUAUUCGCUACACCCUCCUGCCGUAUCUGUACACACUGAUGUACGAAGCUCACGCUCACGGAAACACUGUGGUCAGACCCCUGCUGCAUGAGUUUGUCACAGAUGAAAAUACAUGGAAGAUCGACAGGCAGUUCCUCUGGGGUCCGGCUCUUCUGAUCACUGCUGCUCUGGACCCGGGUGUUACUGUGGUCAGGGGAUACUUACCAAACGCCCGCUGGUACGAUUACCACACGGGUGAAGUUGUUGGAGUGCGAGGACAGUUUGUGGAUAUGGAUACACCAUUAUCGAAGAUUAACCUGCAUGUGAGAGGAGGACACAUCCUGCCCUGGCAGAAAGCAGAGACCAACACACACUACAGUCGUCAGAAUCCUCUGGGUCUUCUUGUUGCUCUUGAUGAUGGAGGUUCGGCACAUGGAUCCCUGUUCUGGGAUGAUGGAGAGGGAAUUGAUACUGUUCAGAAUAAGCGUUUCCUCUUGACAACUUUCACUGCAUCUUCGGGUGUCCUCACCAGCGCGGUUCCCACUGAUGGUCUGGCUGAGGCCGACAGGUUGACCCUGGGUCAGGUGAAGGUGUGGGGUGUAACAGCGCCCGUCACUCGUGUUACCAUGAGCGUGACUGGAAAGCCUGACGCAGACCUGCCAUUCACAUAUAACGCUGAGGUUCAGGAGUUGCAGUUUGAUGCAACAUCUCAAUCUCACACCAUUGAAAAGCCUUUCAAAAUCACCUGGAAAAGCUAGACUUGGACACCGGUUUGUGGAAAUGGACUUGAGCCAAGAGCAAUCACAUGAUUAUUUACCUUAAAUUACCAAUGUUUAGGCAACUAGUAAUUUAUUUUGCAUUUCCAUGUGGAGCUUCUCAUGGUACACUGUAAAAACACCAGUAAAUAAAGUGUUGGAAGAGCAAA